AGGGGAGGGUCUAAAGCUGGGGAUCAGAAUGUUAAGAAGAGGGGAUGGAUGGAGGAGAUAAGGGGCAGCGAUCCAGUGGAGGGGAGUAGUUGCAGAUAAAACUUCUGCCCAGCACAGCAGGGGUUACCCAUGACAGGGAGGGGAAAAGGAAGGGGGGUUGUAACUUAAAGAUCUUUGGCGGACUUGUGAGGGGCUGAUCUGGAGGUGGGAGGAGGGAGCAGCUGGCCAAGGAGGAGAUAGAGGAGGCAGUGAGGAAAUUCUGGCCACAUCUGUCUGAACUUUGCUAGGCAGAGGCAAGUGGGAGACUAGACCAGAGAGGCAAAGACCAGGCAGAGGGAGAAGCAGAGGAACCUGUUCUCUGGCCAAGUCUGCCCCGUGCCAGAGGUGCUCUGGAGCCUCACCACUUGGCAUCCGAGCCCCCUGCCCUAGGAGGGACAGAUGCUGGCCUCUGAAGACAAACUCGAGUCCAACUGAGCCUCGGAGACCUCGGUCCAAGCUGAAGGAGGUCCAGUGCUGAGUGGGUGAGUCACCCACAGGCUGGAAUCGGCCUCGUGUCUCCUUCCCUUCGGCUCUUCUUUCUGCCCGUGGGGAUCCCAGCAUGGAAGAAGGAGCGGACUUUGACAGCUACUACCCAGGAGAGAACCAGACUGUGGAGUGUGAGUACACAGACUGGAAGUCCUCAGGGUCUCUCAUCCCUGCCAUCUACAUCCUGGUCUUCCUCCUGGGCACCACUGGCAAUGGCUUGGUGCUCUGGACCAUCCUGCGGGGCAGUCGAGACAAGCGGCGUUCCGCCGACACCUUCAUUGCCAGCUUGGCGGUGGCUGACCUGACUUUUGUGGUCACGCUCCCUCUGUGGGCCACCUACGCCUACCUGGACUACACCUGGCCCUUCGGCGCCUUCGCCUGCAAGGUGAGCAGCUAUUUGAUCUUCGUCAACAUGUACGCCAGCGUCUUCUGCCUCACAGGCCUCAGCUUCGACCGCUACCUGGCCAUCGUCCGGCCCGUGGCCAAUGCCAGGCUGAGGCUGAGGGUCAGCGGCGUGGUGGCCACGGUGGGCCUGUGGAUCUUGGCCGCCCUCCUGGCCAUGCCUGCCAUGGUCUUCCGCUCGGUCGGAGAGCUGGAGAACAACACCAAGCUCGUGUGCUACAUGGACUACUCCCUGGUGGCCGCUUCAGGGUCCGAGCUGGCCUGGGAGGUGGGGCUGGGCGUCUCCUCCACGGCUCUGGGCUUCGUGGUCCCCUUCACGGUGAUGCUGACCUGCUACUUCUUCAUCGCCCGCACCAUCGCGGGCCACUUCCGGAAGGAGCGCAUCGAGGGCCUCCGCAAGCGCCGGCGGCUGCUCAGCAUCAUCGUGGUGCUCGUGGUGACCUUCGCCCUGUGCUGGCUGCCCUAUCACUUGGUGAAGACCCUCUACAUGCUGGGCAGCCUCCUGCACUGGCCCUGCGACUUCGACCUCUUCCUCAUGAACGUCUACCCCUACUGUACCUGCGUCAGCUACGUCAACAGCUGCCUCAACCCCUUCCUCUACGCCUUCUUCGAUCCCCGAUUUCGGGAGGCUUGCAGGGCCCUGUUGUGCUGUGGCCAGAGUGGGUGCUGGGGCACUGCCCCGGGGGGCGGGGAGAAGUCGGCCAGCUACUCCUCCGGGCCCAGCCAGGGCCCGAGCCAGAACCCAGGGAAGGGCGGGGAGCAGCCCCAGGAGAAGUCCAUCCCUUACAGUCAGGAGACCCUGGUGUCCGACCACAUCCUAGCAUAGAAAAGCCAGCCUCCUUCCCCAGCCCUCCCUCAGCUCCCUGAACUCUGGGGAGAGCCACCAACCCUCCUCUCCUCCCGGCUUUGCUCUGCGAAGAUCCCCCCUUCGCCCACCUCUUCACCCUUUCUUCUAUUUCUCUCUGCUUUCCCCUUGCUUCCCUGCCUGGCUCCCUCCCUCAUUCUCCUGCCUCCCAGCUCUGGGAUUUUAGAGUCAGAAGGCAUUUAAGCCACCGUUUGGCUGAACCUCCCCAUUUUAUAACGUAGGUAACCGAGGUCUAGAGAGGGAGUCUGACUUUUUCAGUGUUACCAUAGGUAAUGAGGGGAAGACAUCAGAUUUGAACCCAGAUCUCAUGACUCUAAGAUUAGGGCUCCUUUGCUUCUCUCCUUCUGCCCUCUUCUGUUUCUACUAGCUGUUUUCCCAUCCUUUCUCAUUUUCCUUUCAAAUCUUUCAAGAGGUCCCGGGAUGGAGGAACAUAGGGGAACUGCCAAGGUUCUCCCCAACCCCCUCUAGGAGGCCGCAGAGGUCUUUGUCCUGUUGUUUCUUUAGGGAGAGUCUGAGGAGAGAGAGAGCCCUUCCCUUGCAGAGGGAGGGUGGCAGAACUGCACCUAAUGGUCCCUGGAUUCUGGAUGGAGAUCUCAUCGGCUAAUGGCUCAGCUCAGUCCACCCCUGGGCCAGGCUGAACUCUCCUGGAGGGGCUCAUUAACUCCUUGGAAAUAUAUUUCCCAUCUGCCAUUGCUCUGCCCUUCUUAAUAAUGGGUCAGGAAGAGGAAAGAGGGAGAAUCCCACUGCCUGGAAUUGGGGAACCAGGAAGGGGCACUAAUGGAAAACUUCUAAAAUCCCACUUGGAUUAGAGAGGGGGCAACAGGGAUCAGAAGGGGGCCUGGGCCUGGGCAGGAGGUGAGAUGAUGGAAUCUGGGGUUCUAGUUUGAAAACUUCUCUUUCUAGCUAUAAAUUCCUCCCUCUAAAAUGUCCCUUCCUGUGUUUCCCUGGGCCCUUUGUAUGAGAGAGAGAGAGAGAAAGAGAGAGAGAGAGAGAGACAGAGAGAGAGAGAGACAGAGAGAGACAGAGAGAUAGAGAGACAGAGAGACAAGAGACAGAGAGACAGAGAGACAAGAGACAGAGACAGAGUGUGUGUAUCUGUGUCUGGGUUAUUUGAUCUUCUUCACAGCGGAGCACCCCCACCACCUAAUAUUUACCCUGCUGAUUUCCUUGAAGCUGAGGAAGUGGCAUGUUAGAGAUCUCCCUGGCCCCUCCCUGGCACUGGGGGCUCUGACGGCUGGUCCGUCAGUUAAGGGAGAAGAGCGUUAAAGGAGAGUUUCUAGACUCCUUCCAGCCACCCAUCAUUUGGAGACUGCCCUGGCUGUCCGAAGAUCUGUCCCUGCCGAGCUGCUCUGGGGCUGGGGUAAUUAGAAUGUUUUGUUUCCUCCCGCUUGGUCAAAGUGGGAAGGGAACUCAAGGCAGGUGCAAUGCUUCCUCAGGCUCUCUUCCCGAGAGUGAGAGGAAGCCUCUCUCUUGCCCCUUGUUCCCAGGGACAGCAGCUUAUUUUAGAGGUCAGGCUUGGAGGUGGAGGAGAUGCUCAGGGGAGGUUCACCUCAUGGGGGGCUGUUGGAAUGGUCUUUUUGGUUUCUCCCAUCUCUGGGGUGUUUACAGAGUGGGAUGUGGACAGGAUCAGGCUGGUUCUGUUCAUGUGCCCCACGAACCCUAGAGAAUGCUAUAAAUAUGGACACCCAUUGGGGUGGGGAGCAACUGGGGGUGCUGACCCCAUAGAACUCUGGGAAUCAAGACCAGGUAUAAGAACUCCUCUUUGGGUAAAUAUACAGAAGCAAGAAAAGCCUGCCUCAGUAUCUAUGGUCUUGUUGACUGCCUCUGGGAGGUGGCAAAGGCUAAGGAGCUGAGAGUGGGAGAGAAGGGAAGAGGGUUCUUCUGAAUCAGGGAAUAGGACCAAUCUCAGCCACCUUCUUCCACUCCAGACUGCAUUUGAUUCGCUUUCUGCAGGCACCUGUGCCCAGCCUGCUGAUGGCCUUAAACCAACCACUCCAAGAGCAAAGGCUUGGCACUCAUGGCCUGGGAAGGGAAGGCGAUUUCACCCUAAGGCCCUGCUUUUUGGACUGAAGUGAUGCCCAGGAUUCAUCUGAGGACACUGGGGGAACUUCUCUGGAUUGAACUCCCACACCUGUUAGUAGACACACUGUCAGCUCCUGAGAGUGGGGGCUCCUGGGACUUUGCUUUUCCCCAUCAGGAGUAGUUGUCAUUUUCCUAUUUGGUUUUGUUAUUGUAAAUAAUAAAGUCCAACCCUUUUGAGUA